AUGUCGACCGUGGUGCCCCGCGACUCCCCGGGACUCCAGGCCCCCGCGGCAGCCGGGCAGAAGCCUCCGCCCUCCCUCAAGCCCUGCUGCGCCUGCCCGGAGACCAAGCGGGCGCGCGACGCCUGCAUCAUCGAAAAAGGAGAAGAACACUGUGGUGCUCUUAUUGAGGCCCACAAGGAGUGCAUGAGAGCCUUGGGUUUUAAGAUAUGA